AUGCUGUUCACUGGUACGCUACGAGUGCGGGUUCUAGAGGCUCGAGGUCUUCGUCCAACUGAAUGGUCCCGGCGAUUCAAUCAGAAUGAAACGGCCGCGAUAGACGCCUACGUCAACGUGGACUGGGAUGAGUACCACGUUGGAAAGACUCUGGUACGGCCGAAGACCAAUGAGCCACGAUGGAACGAAGAAUUCGUUGCGAACGACGUGCACUCUGGUCGAGCCAUCGGUUUCACCGUCUUUCAUAAUUGUGUAAUGCCACCAGAUGAUUUCGUGGCUAACACUAGGAUACCAUUCGACGAUCUCAAAAUAGGCAGCACUAAUGAUAUCUGGGUGGAUCUUGAACCGCACGGGCAACUACACGUGGUAAUUGAACUUCACGGCUCAUCAGUUGAAGAAUCACACCAUGUCAAGGAUCGGGUUUUCAAAGAGCGGACAGGCGCAUUCAAUGAUCGGCAACGUCGUGGUGCAAUGCGUCGGAAGAUCCAUGAAGUCACCGGUCACAAGUUCAUGGCGCUAUUCUUGCGGCAGCCAACUUUUUGUGCUCAUUGUAAAGAAUUCAUCUGGGGGAUCGGCAAGCAAGGAUAUCAGUGUCAGAUUUGUACUGUGGUUGUACAUAAACGAUGCCACGAAGAAGUCGUGUGGAAAUGCCCAGGUAACAAAGCUGACGCCGUGCAAGAGAUCAACCGCGAGGUGGUCGAGACUGGUAUGGGUCGGUUCAACAUUAAUAUGCCUCAUCGUUUCUCGGUUCAUUCCUAUAAACGCCCAACAUUUUGCGAUCAUUGCGGAUCAAUGCUUUACGGCCUAAUCAACCAAGGAUUACAGUGUUCCGUCUGUAAGCUGAAUGUUCAUAAACGAUGUCAGCGGAAUGUAGCCAACAAUUGCGGUAUCAAUGCCAAACAAAUGGCCGCUGAAUUAGCGCAACUGGGCUUGACUGGUGACAAGAUGAGCAUCCGUAGCAAAAAGAAGCCAUCCAUUGCGACCGACACAAGUUCAGAUACGACAAGUAUGGGCACUUCAGAUUCUGGAUCAACAUAUCUUGCACAAAUAUCGGAAGAGGAGCCGGCGAAAUCACCACGACCGCCCGGUGGUACUUUAUCCAUUCAGGACUUUGUCUUCAUAAAAGUUCUUGGAAAGGGAUCUUUUGGCAAGGUAAUGCUAGCUGAAAGGCGCGGUUCGGACGAGGUGUACGCCAUCAAAAUCCUCAAGAAGGACGUGAUCGUGCAGGACGACGACGUCGAGUGCACCAUGUGCGAGAAGCGAAUUCUCAGCCUUGCCGCCAAACAUCCAUUUCUCACUGCUCUUCACAGCAGUUUCCAAACCCCUGAUCGUUUAUUCUUUGUGAUGGAAUAUGUGAAUGGUGGAGAUUUGAUGUUCCAAAUACAACGGGCACGUAAAUUUGACGAACCACGAGCUCGAUUCUAUGCGGCCGAAGUGACGUGCGCACUGCAGUUCCUCCAUCGUAAUGAAGUCAUCUAUAGAGAUCUCAAAUUGGAUAAUAUCCUCCUGGACGCCGAAGGACAUUGUCGACUUGCUGAUUUCGGAAUGUGUAAGGAGGGCAUUACCAAGGAUAACUUGACGAGCACAUUCUGCGGAACUCCCGACUACAUUGCUCCCGAAAUCCUUCAAGAACUCGAAUACGGUGUAUCAGUUGAUUGGUGGGCGUUAGGAGUGUUGAUGUAUGAAAUGAUGGCCGGUCAACCGCCUUUCGAAGCGGAUAAUGAGGAUGAUCUCUUCGAGCGUAAAUUUAUUCAAAUUAUUCACAGGGAACUCCUUCUUUGGCCAACUUUCAUGACGAAAAAUCCAUCAAAACGUCUCGGCUGUGUGCAAUCACAAGGAGGAGAAGACGCGAUUCGAGCACAUCCGUUUUUCCGUGAGAUUGAUUGGGAUGCUCUUGAAGCUCGCCGUGUGAAACCGCCAUUCAAGCCGAAGAUCAAGUCAAAACGUGAUGCAAACAACUUCGAUGCCGAUUUUACCAAAGAAGAACCUGUGCUGACACCUACCGAUGUGGCUGUCGUGCGGUCGAUCAAUCAGGAAGAAUUCCGCGGAUUUUCAUUCGUGAAUCCACACUUUGUUUACUGA